AUGGUUGGCAUUGGACAUGUAGCUACUGUUGCUAAUGUAAAAGGGAUAAACGUUGUAACUAAAUCAAAAUGUAUUUUACGUCUUUCACAAGUACCAUCAUUAACUUUGACCAAGGUACCACGAAUAGCUGAAAUACCACAAUCAGCAGUUGAAGGAUUAAAAGUAGCCUUAACACAAUGUGAAAGAUUACCAAAACAACUUCAAAGUGAAGGAGAUGCAUUGUGGCAAAAAGUUUCUCAACGUCGUUUUCCAGCUUCUAAAUCUGUUGUUUUAGCUGCAAGAAAUGCUGUAUCAAAAAAAAUGAAAGAACAAGAAUGUAAUGAUAUUAGUGAAGAACUUUAUGGAAAUAGAAUUAAAGAAGGUGAAAGAGAAAAUUUUAAUAUGAAAGUUGCAAAAGAAUUAAAUCGUAUGAAUUACAAGUGGAAACCAUUAACUUUUCAAAAUGUAGAGAAAGCAGCUGCUUAUGCUCUAGGAAUGUUAUCAUCUCAUUAUUCUGAAGUUUAUAGAGUUUUAUGUGAAUUUGAUAGCAAUAAGUUUGUCCCAGAAACAGUUUUAGAUUUUGGUUCUGGAGUUGGUUCAUCAUUUUGGGCAUGUAAUGAAAAAUUUGGUAAAGCUGUCAAAGAGUAUACUUUGGUUGACUCUGAUCCUAUAGUCUCAAAUUUUGCAAUGGAUAUUAUGAGGAAUGAGGAUAAUAAAGAUGUUUUUGUUCAUCCUAAUGUAAAUUUCAGGAGGACAUUGGUUCCAUCAUUACAAACAAAAUAUGAUUUAGUUAUAGCACAUCGAUCUUUAAUAGAAUUUCCUAAUGCAGAAACUAGAAUGGAGCUAAUAAAGUCUUUGUGGCAACGUACUAAAAAAUACUUAAUUUUUAUUGAAUCUCAUUUGUAUGAUUCCUUUGAUGGUGUUAUUGAAGCCAGAGAUUAUAUAUUAAAUGGUGGAAAAACAAUAGAUUUUAGUAAAGCUGAUGCAAUUUUAAAAGAAAAUGGAAUUUUAAAUUAUAAAAUUCAACAAAUAAUAGAUGAUAAUAAAAUAUCUGAUUUUGAAAAAUUUUUUAUAAUUAAAGCUAAACUACCUCAAAAUGUUACUAUACCAACAAUCUUAGAACCAGGUCAUGUUUUUGCACCAUGCCCUCAUGAUAAAUCUUGCCCUAAAUUAGAAUUAGAAGAUGUUAAGGAACGUUCCUGUAAUUUUUCUAUCAAAUAUAAAGAUAUUAGAGCUGAUGGAAAAAAAACUAAACUUUUAAAUGGAACUGGCAAUACAUCAUUUUCAUUUGUUAUACUUCAGAAAGGUGACCGUGAAGUAGGAAAGGAAUUUAGUCCACGUCUAAUCAAAUAUCAAAAAGGAAAUAAACAUUAUACUUGUCAUGGUUGUACUUCAUUUUUUGGAAUUCAACAAUUUGUGGUUUCUAAAAAAAAUCAACAUAUUUAUCAUUUAACAAAAAGCAUUACUCAUGGUGAUAAAAUUCCUUAUAAAAUAGAAGUAGAACAAUUUUUAAAAGAAAAUGACUAUGCUUUAGAAGAAGAAAUUUAUAAUCUUAAAGAUUCUUAA